AACUGAUUCUCUCCCCAAAUACGAUUGUCUUUUUCAAAGUGCCAUUGAGGGGGGGUCAUCCUGGGAGCAGGACCGUUUAUAAGACAGCAGAUGACCCUCCUUCUCCGCGACUGCGGCUGCUUCCCUGCUGCUGGCUGUAAGGUCUGGCUCCCCUCUGCCUGCCUGUGCUGAGGGCUGCCCUCCCACGCCGUCGCCCCGGAGUUAAACUCUUCAUGCUGCCAACAUGCGGAGCUCCCCGGGGCCCGUCUCGGCGUUUGUGAUGCUGGUUGUUACCGCCGUGCACGCGGGAGGGAAGGUGACCCCGGACGUGAAGUACACGAAGACGAAGCCCUUACAGCUGGUGGGCAGCGGUGCCUCUCACCCCCCCCUCACCCCUCUCGUGGGCAAAAGCCCGUUCCCGGGCAGAGCCAAGUUACCCACCCCCGGCCCCGCGGCCACCACGCUCUUCCCCUUCGAGAACUACACGCUCGACACAGCCGAUUUCUUCUUCAACUGCUGUGACUGCUGCCCUCCUGCCGCGGGGCCCCGGGGGCAGCCGGGGGAGCAGGGCCCCCCAGGGCCCAAGGGGGAGAAGGGAGAGGCUGGUCUGCAAGGUCUGCCGGGAACGCCAGGUCCUCAAGGUCCAAAGGGUUCUAAAGGAGAAAGAGGAGGCAGAGGGGAGCAAGGCGAGCGAGGAGUAAGUGGAAACCCCGGUUAUCCAGGCAAACCUGGGCUGCAAGGUGAAGCUGGAGUAAAAGGCAAUAAGGGCAACUACGGCUUCCCUGGACUGAAAGGACAAAAGGGGUCGAAAGGGGACGCUUGUGAGAACGGGACCAAAGGAGAGAAGGGAGAUAGGGGGGAUGCUGGAGACCCGGGAGUGGAUGGAGAACAGGGUGACAAAGGGGAAAAGGGAGACACAGGGGAGAAGGGGUACUGCGGGGAGCCAGGGGGAAGGGGUGCGAAGGGAGAAAGGGGGGAAGGGGGGACAAAGGGAGAAAAAGGGAGCAAAGGGGAGAUGGGGGUUGAGGGUGUUCAGGGGGUGGAUGGAAAACAGGGAGAAAAAGGCGAGCAAGGAAGUAAGGGUGAAAAAGGGGACCUGGGACCCGCUGGCAUGACGGGACCUUCUGGACCCAAGGGGGCCGCCGGCAGCAAGGGGGGCCGAGGGGCCCCGGGAAAGAAAGGGUCCCGUGGGGCGAAAGGCGCCCGAGGGGACACCGCAAAGCUCCUGCGAUCAGCCUUCAGCGCCGGCUUGUCCAAACCCUUCCCUCCGCCCAACGUCCCCAUUAGAUUUGACAAGAUCUUAUACAACGACCAAGAAGAUUACAACCCUUCCACCGGGAAAUUCAACUGCAGCGUGCCCGGGGCGUACGUCUUCGCCUACCACCUGACGGUGAGAGGCCGGCCGGCCCGGGUCAGCCUCGUCGCCCGCAGCAGGAAGGUGGCCAAAGCCCGUGAGACGCUUUAUGGCCAAGAGAUCGACCAGGCAUCCUUCCUGACCGUCCUGAAGCUGAGCGCGGGCGACCAGGUUUGGCUGGAGGUGGCGCGGGACUGGAACGGGGUCUACGUCAGCGCUGAGGAUGACAGCGUCUUUACGGGGUUUCUUCUGUAUCCGGACGUUUUUGAGAUCCUGCUGUAGAUUUAAAGGGCAGAGGCGUUACUGAGAAACGUGCUCUUCCCUCUGCCUGUGAGAGGAGGAACGAGCGUCCGUUGGGCACAUCGGUUUAGCGGCUAGGUUUUGUGGUCUUUUAAUCUAAAAUACUUGCAUUUGCAAUACACGGAUUAGUUUUAGCUAGCAGCCCCAAGAAGCGGCACGUCCUUUGCGCAGGUGGGCGGUGGCUGUGAGAAACCCUUGUCUAAGCACCAGCAGGGCGGGCGUGGGGGGGGGGAUUUCACAUCACAGGUUUCAGGUUUGUAAUUAGCUUGUUCAAAUUAAGUAAUGACACUCAUUGUCUGAUGCCAAUUUUAAUCAGGCCAGCUCCUGUAAUCCUUUCAUGGUCAAAACUCCUCGGGAAAUCAGUACUGAUAACCAUUGGUUUUGGUAAAGACUGCAGAGUUUGAUUUAUAGAGCUUAAUCAGACGUGAACAGAAGCGGUAGGUUUCUGGAAAUCUCAUGAAAAGAUUUAAAGUUAUUUUAUCACUGAGUAAGUAUUAUCUAGUACUUUAGACUUGGUCAUGAAUUAUAUAAAGGUUUGUCUAAAAGAGUAUUAGAGCUAUUUGAUCAGUGUAAAAAACCCCUAACCAUUGUCCUUAGGCAAAAAUAUAUCUGAAACUUUCAAAAAGUAACUGAGAGAUGCAUAAUCCAAUUUAUUAGGCUACUCAGUAACCCCCUGUUUCUGAGCUGUGAUUCAGCUGAUGCUGCGGGGUCGGCCCUCGGCUGCGGGGAAGAGGAGGAGGAGGAGGAGGAGGAAGAGGCAGCCAGGAGCAGGCUUUGGCACCCACAUGCGUCUUAAGGCGUUGUGAUGGCCCAGAGAA